GGGGGCUUCUAAAAGCAGAUGUCGGUUUCCCAUCUACCACAGCACGCCGAAAAGGCCGAGUUUUCUCAGGCAUGGAUGAAAUCUGAUUUGUCCAAAUGGCGUAACUUAAUAAACGGACUUAGUAGAGAGCAGAUGGUUCGAAUAAAUAAUAAGAGGAUUCGCUCCCAAAUGCAGCACGUUGUCCACUCUAAAUCCCAUUCCCCGAGAACGCAUACGGCCACUCCACUGGCAGCGAGGUUCCACUGGGGGGAAAAAACGCCCUCUCCUCGCCUGCCUUCCCUGUGACGUGCGAGGUUUCGGUUGAUUAGUCUAGGCUGAUUUUGGGAGAAGGGGUUGGACAGGAAACGGAGACGCCUAGAACGCACAUCAGUCCGCGCCUCCCGAGGAAAAGGAAUGGAAGCGGGGACGUGAGUGUGUCACCGGGCAAGCAAGCGGACGGAGAGACAGAGCGAGAGAACGAGCGAGCGAGCAAGAAAGCAAAGCCGAAUCCAGCGGUCGGUUGGCGGCAGCAGCGGUGAUAGGGCGCUUCCAAGACCCUCAAGACUGGCUGGUUUUAUUCGAUUGGUGCCUGGAUUGCGGGAUUUGCGUCGACCUCACGUCUUUCCCAAAUCAUUGUUACCAUAUUCCUUGGAAGCCGCAACAAGAAGACCCAGGAUAAUUGACGUGCUGUAUAUAAAGACCAUCUUCACACAGCAGUCAGUGAGCUCGGUGGGGUAGCACAACUCAACCAAAGAUGGAGCAGCUGUCAGAUGAUGAACUGGACCAUGCCGCAGAGGAGGAUAGUGAUAAGGAGGACCAGGACCUCGACAAGAUGUUUGGAGCCUGGCUUGGGGAACUGGACAAACUCACACAGAGUCUGGAUGAUGGCAAGCCAGAGGCUGUGCAGAAAGCUCCACUCAGACAGGAGACCAACAUGGCCAACUUCUCCUACCGAAUGUCCAUAUACAACAUCAACGAGGCUCUAAACCAGGGCGGGGACGGUGUGGACCUGGAUGCCCUCAUGGCGGACCUGUGCUCCAUCGAGCAGGAGCUCAGCACUAUCGGCAAACCCUCUUCCUCCUCCUCCUCCUCCUCUUCCUCGCGCCUCGGCGUCCCCAGCGACGGCGCCAAGCUCCGGCAGAAGCCCCCGGCGGGCCGCAGCCAGAGCAUGAAGGGCAGCGGGGGCGGAGGGAGCCUGAGCGCCGGCAGCAGCACCCGCGUCUCGCCCGCCUCCACGGUCCGCGCCUCCGGCCCCCACGCCCGCCCCCAGCUGGCCUCCAACUUCUCCCUGGACGACAUCACGGCGCAGCUGGAGCGGGCGUCCGUCAGCAUGGACGAGGCGGCGCGCCAGUCGUCGGUGUCCCCGUCCAGCCUUCCUCCCGUCGCGCCCUCCUCCUCCUCCUCGUCCACCUCCCUGGGCUCGGCCACCACGCUUCAGCGGCCCGCGUCGCACGCCCGGCAGCACCGCCGCACCGGGUCCGUGGGCGCCGUCAGCGACCAGGAGGCGCGGUCGUUCACGCGCGCCGCUCGCUCCAGCGCCGGCUCCUCCUCGGCCACCAGCAUGGAGGCGCUGGACGUGGGCGGGCCGUCCUCACCCUCGCCGCUGUCGUUGGAGAUGGAGCAGCAGCUCAAGCUCAUACCCAUUCAGAGGGAUGGGCAGGGAGGCGGGCAGCCCACGACAGAGCACUCCUAUCUGGACAGGGAGACCUCUCUGAUCCUGAGAAAUAUAGCAGGAAAGCCCUCUCACUUGCUGACCAAGGAGGAGCAAGCUGCCAAACUGAAGGCAGAGAAGAUCCGAGUUGCCCUAGAGAAGAUAAAGGAAGCCCAGGUCAAAAAGCUGGUGAUCCGGGUGCACCUGUCGGACGAGAGCUCCAAGACCAUGAUGGUGGACGAGAGACAGACCGUGCGCCAGGUGCUGGACAGCCUGCUGGACAAGUCCCACUGCGGAUACAGCCCCGACUGGUCCCUGGUGGAGACCAUCAACGAGCUGCAGAUGGAGCGCAUCUUCGAGGACCAUGAGAACCUGGUGGAGAACCUGUUGAACUGGACACGCGACAGCCAGAACAAACUCAUGUUCAUUGAGCGCAUCGAGAAAUACGCUCUCUUCAAGAACCCACAGAACUACUUGUUGGGGCGUAAGGAGACGUGUGAGAUGGCUGACAGGAACAAAGAGGCCCUCCUUGAGGAGUGUUUCGGGGGCAGCUCCGUCUCUGUGCCUGAGAUAGAGGGUGUGCUGUGGCUGAAGGAGGACGGCAAGAAGUCCUGGAAGAAGAGAUACUUCCUGCUCAGGGCCUCUGGAAUCUACUACGUGCCAAAAGGAAAAGCCAAGACGUCCAGAGACCUAGUUUGCUUUCUGCAGCUGGAACAUGUGAACAUCUACUACGGCAUGGACUACCGCAGCAAAUACAAGUCCCCCACGGAUUACUGCCUGGUGCUUAAGCAUCCUCAGAUCCAGAAGAAAUCUCAGUACAUCAAGUACCUGUGCUGUGAUGACGUCAGGACUCUGCACCAAUGGGUGAAUGGGAUUCGCAUCGCCAAGUAUGGGAAGCAGCUGUACGUGAACUACCAGGAGGCCAUGAAGCGGACGGAGGCAGCCUACGACUGGUCCUCUCUCUCCAGCUCCAGCAUCAAGUCCGGCUCCAGCUCAUCCAGCCUGCCAGAGUCCCAGUCCAACCACUCGAGUCAGUCGGACAGCGGUGUGUCCGAGGGAACCUCAUCUGGUCAUGUACGUUCUCAGAGCGCCGUCAGCUCCAUCUUCUCUGAGGCCUGGAAAAGAGGCAACCAGAUAGAGGAGACCACCAAGGUGAGGAUGGAGCCGGCCCGAGCUUCCUACCCCCUCCAGCUGCCCGCCCUGUCCCACCACACCCUGCCCCACUCGCACCACACUCUCCCCCACUCGCACCACACACUGCCCCACUCCCACACACGGAGCAGCUACAGCGGCGGCGCGACGGUGGAGUCGCCACAGUCCUCCCCGUCUCCCCCGUCCCCUCCCCCGCCUCCGCCGCCCCCCCCAGCGAUGGCUAACCAGGCCUACCACUCCCCCCCUACCACCUUCACCAAGUACAGCACCCUCGCCCGCCUGCAGAGCACCUCCGGGUCUCAGCCCGCCAGCCAGUACAAGCAGCAGAUACCCAUGAUGCAGCAGCUGUCCAUGAUGCAACAGCACCAGCUGUCCAUGAUGCCUCCCACACCCCCUCCGCAGUCCAUCAAGCCCCACAUGGCCGCCAACAUGGCCGCCAACAUGGUGCAGCAGCAGCAGCAGCAGCAGCAGCCGCCCCCUCCCCCGCCGCCCCCUCCCCCCCCUAUGCCCGCUCCAGGCUCCGCCAUGGCUGUGCUGAGGUUGGGGCCGCCCAGUCCGGGCGUGCCCGAGUUUGUGCCCCCUCCGCCGCAUUGCCAGCAGGUUCUGCCCCCUCCUCCGGUACAGUCGCACCUGCAGGCCAACGGCAUGCUCCCCCCUCCCCCGGCAGAGCAGCCCAAGUACCCCGCCCUCACCACCAACGGCCUGCAGCAGUUCCUCGCUCAGAAGUUCCCCAACAUGUCCUAUGACUUCACGCCCCCUGUGGACGACCUGGACUCUCCUCCGCCCCCUCCUCCACCACCCAUGUCCCCCCCGCCAGGCCCACCUCUUGCGCCCCCCAAAACCUUCUCGGGCUGUUUCACCCCGCAGACGUCCCUGAAGCUGGCCGGGUCGAUGGUCUCCCCGGUCUCCCCAACUCCCGCCCAGAUGAAGAAGCAGCACAGCCUCUCCGCUGUUCACAGCCCCAGCCAGCCGCCCCCUACUCUCCCCAAACAGCACAGUUUCGCCACCAAGGUGCCCCCUCUCUCCAGUGCCCCCCUCUCCCCGACCCCCGGCUCGUCGCUGGUCAAGCAGAUCGUCAACCAGUUCCCUGGUUCCACCUCCCCGGGCCAGUCUGGGCCCCUCUCCCCUCCCGUGGUCAAGGCCAAGCCCCGGUGGCAGCCGGGACAACCAGCGCAGCCCCAAUCCCCAGAGUUCCCCCCACCUCCCCCGGAGAGCACCCUGGACUUCCCCCUCCCGCCCCCACCCCCGCUCGACCCCACACCCCUGGCCACUCCGCUCCCCUCGGGCAAGUCGGGCGGCUCGCCCAUCAAAAAGUCUCCCUCGACCUCCUCCAACUCCUCCACGGGCUCCACGGGCAAGCGCCCGCCCCCGACGCCCCAGCGCAACUCCAGCAUCCGCUCCAACUCUUCCGUGGAGUACCAGGAGUCGAAGAAGGUGGAGGACCUGGUCAGCAUGUUUGCUCAACCCAGCCAGGCCUCCUCGAACCCGGCCCCGGCCUCCAACUCCCUCUCCACUCCAGCCUCCGCCUCGGGGUCCCCUUCCAAAGAGCCCCGUGCGCCCCCAAAACCAGGCAAGAUCAACCUGGCCAACCUGCCUCUGGCAUUGCAGGGUAAGUCGGGUCAAGGUCCGGGUCAGUACCGACAGUCCAGUUCGGACUUCCCGUCACCGCCUCCGGAGUUCGACUACUUCCCGCCUCCUCCUCCAGAUUCCGAGCUGCUCCCUCCCCCCCCACUUCCUGUGGAGAUGCACACGGGCGCCCCGAAGGUUGCCGUGGUGAACCCCCAGCCCCAGCUACACCACGCCCACUCCCACUCCCAUCACCACCCCGGCACGGGCAAUGCCAACACCACUUCCUGGAAAUCCAGCUCCCUGAAGAAGGCCCCCCCUCCCACAAUGCACCGACGCAGCAGUGGCCCUCCGGAUCCACUGGUGCUCUCACCGCCCCCCCAGCAGAUGCCCCUGCAGCCCUUCGCCCCCAUCCCCCUGCAGCCUUUCGCCCCCCCUUGCUCCAUUCCCCUGCAGCCCUUUGUCCCCCCUUGCUCCAUCCCCCUGCAACCCUUUGUCCCCCCUUGCUCCAUCCCCCUGCAGCCCUAUGCCCACCCUGUCGCCAUCCCGCCGCACUCCUCCCACAUCCCCCCCACCUCGCCGAAAUCAACCCCACUCGUCAACUUCCAGCCCAACUUCUUGGAGGACCUGAACCGGACCCUGAAGAGGAAGUCCAUCUCGCGGCAGGGCUCGCUCACGUCCUCCCGCAUCUCUGCCAAGCUGGACCCCCUGGCCCCCAUGACCACCAUGGACGACAUGGCCUUGCCCCCGCCGCCCCCGGAACUCAUGCUGGAUCACCCCAGAAAGGGGGGCGGAGGUGGGAGUGGGGGUUACAUGUCGUCCAACAUCUCAGGCUAUGCAACGUUACGCAAAGGACCUAAACCCGCACCCCCAAAACGGGACCAGAACACCAAACUCACGGGGGAGUGGUAGGACUGGUGCUCUUAGUUUGAAAGGGGGUCGGACAAUCCUGUUGGACUUAAAUUGCCAAUCCCCCUUCCAACUUCACGGUGCAACUGUUUGUCUCUGUAAAUGGUGGAUGUACCACACAAGACUAUGUAUGAAAAAAAAAAAGAAAAACACGAAAAAAAAAACUUCACAUAAUCCUCAGAUUAUAACAAUGUUACAGUUCAUAAGAAAAAAAAACGGAAAGGAAGAAAAAAAAAAAAGAGAAAAAAAAAGAAAAUCUAAAACAUGGCAAACCAAACUCAGCCACUGUAUAAGCUUCUACGCAAGUGUUUAGUGCUGCUUUGCAUUCAAAGAUAGGCAGUUAUACAAGUCAACACCCUCUCUGCAAUAUUAUGGUACUGCAUGGACCUCUGCUUUUGGGAAGGGAAGGGAAGGGAAGGGGGGGUGAGUGUGUGUGUGUGUGUGUGUGUGUGUGUGUGUGUGUGUGUGUGUAAAAAGAUGUCAUUUGAACUUGUGGGGGGAAGGGCAAACGUGUACUGACUUUGACUUUUUUAUAUGAAAUUAUUUAAUACCUGAAAUAUAUUCUUAUUUUAAGAUUUAGUUUUCAAAACCCUCGAUGGUAAGCGUUAAACAGAGGUCAGGGUUGAUGAAGAAGUGUGCGUGCGUGUGUGUGAGUGUGUGUGAGUGGUGUAGAGUUUGCGAUCAUCGCCCGUGCUCGCUGUCUCACCGCCUGUCAAGUCCUUUCAUUUCACGAACAAUUCCACCGCCGUCUCUCGACGAAGUGUUCUGCUAUGUUUGUGUAUUGCACCUGAGGAAGAACUAACUAAUGGCUCCAAACAUUUCAGAGGUUUUCACUGCUCAACUGGAAACAAGCGAGAGAUGUUGAUGAUGUGACGGAGUUCGAACUCUUCUGUAACAUUUGUUACGUUACAUUGUUCGUUUUUUUAUUUGGUUAUUUAAAUUAAAGAUGAAAAGAAAAGAAAAAAUGAAAUACAAGGUCAACUCAUGAAGGACUGAAACGGGGAACCGGUGGUGUUCCACCAGGAACCACCAGGCCGGAACCUCCCCAUGGCACUGGGCAAAGGUGUCGUCAUGGAGACGCUCCCUGGCGUCUCCACAGGGAUUGCCUCGGUCUCUCCUUAUGUGUGCUACAUCCCUACUUAUCUGUACAUACAGCUACUGUUCCUGGCUUCAAUGGCUUUUUCCCGGCAGCUCCUAGUUAGAAGGUCCUGAGGUACUCCAUGGUAACGUACUCCAUGGUAACGUACUCCAUGGUAACGCACUUCCCUCAAGGCUGGUUAUGCCAAACAAAAACUAAAAAAACUUAAAACAACAACUCUUAUCUCUGGCUAUAGACAAACAGGUCGCCUCUAGUGACGUGUCUGUGUGUUGUUGUCCAUUUCCUGUGUGACAUUUUCUUUUUUUACCGUCUGAACAGGAACGUGAUUCGCACGUAAGAGAAAUAAAAAAAAAAAAUUAAGAAAUGCACACAUUUCUAGACAUGGUCCGGCCUUGUAUCGAUUCCACCACGUGCCUCGUGUAUAGCGAUCACUGUCUCUCUACAUCAGUCUCUUCAGUUUAACCACAACUAGAGCCAGACAAGAACUUGUAGAUUUUUAAGUUUUAAGGACAAGGACAAGCAGUGUCUUGCAUCAAAGCCUUGUUUUCCCUAAACGAUUUUGAGGGUUUCUAAGACAUCCUAUCUAGGAAGCCAACGGGGCCAUAGAAAGCCAGGAAUGAUUUACAACUCCAAUCCACCGGGAACUUAAUGUCUGUUGCAUUUAAAAAGAACAAUAUAAACGUUAAAAUCAUGCGUCACUA